AUGUUCCCGGAGCCCCCAACCCCGGGACCUCCAGCAUCGAACACGCCUCCGGACUCCAGCCGCAUCAGCCGUGGCCCAGUGCCUCCCUGGGCCCUGGCCACCAUCGUGCUGGUCUCAGGCCUCCUCAUCUUCAGCUGCUGUCUCUGUCUUUACCGGAAACGUUGUCGGAGGCGGAUGGGCAAGAAGAGCCAGGCCCAAGCCCAGGUCCACCUUCAGGAAGUGAAGGAGCUGGGCCGGAGUUACAUAGAUAAGGUGCAGCCAGAAGUGGAGGAACUAGAGCCAGCAUCAUCCAGGCCAGAGCAGCAGGUGGCAGAGAAGCAUGAGCUAGGACGACUGCAGUACUCACUGGAUUAUGACUUCCAGAGUGGCCAGCUGCUGGUGGGUAUCCUGCAAGCUGAGGGAUUGGCAGCCUUGGACCUGGGUGGCUCCUCAGAUCCCUAUGUGCGGGUUUACCUGCUGCCAGACAAGCGGAGGCGGCAGGAGACCAAGGUGCAUCGGCAGACGCUGAACCCACACUUUGGAGAGACCUUCGCCUUCAAGGUCCCCUACGUGGAGCUGGGGGGAAGGGUGUUGGUCAUGGCGGUGUACGACUUUGACCGCUUCUCCCGCAACGAUGCCAUCGGGGAGGUUCGGGUCCCCAUGAGCUCCGUGGACUUAGGGCGGCCGGUGCAGGCCUGGCGCGAGCUGCAGCUGGCUCCGCGGGAGGAGCAGGAGAAACUAGGGGACAUCUGUUUCUCCCUCCGCUAUGUCCCCACCGCCGGGAAGCUCACAGUCAUCGUCCUGGAAGCUAAAAAUCUGAAGAAAAUGGACGUAGGAGGACUGUCAGAUCCGUAUGUCAAAGUCCACUUGCUGCAGGGUGGUAAAAAGGUGCGGAAGAAGAAGACUACCAUCAAGAAGAACACUCUGAACCCCUAUUACAACGAAGCUUUCAGCUUCGAGGUGCCCUGUGACCAAGUCCAGAAGGUCCAUGUGGAGCUGACCGUGCUGGACUAUGACAAGCUGGGCAAGAACGAGGCCAUUGGGAGAGUGGCUGUAGGGACAGCGGCCGGUGGGGCUGGCCUGCGGCACUGGGCGGACAUGCUGGCAAACCCCCGGCGGCCCAUUGCGCAGUGGCACUCAUUGCGGCCCCCUGACCGAGUGAGGCUGCUGCCUGUACCCUGA